CUCCCGCAUGUGGAAGGUCCUCCCGCACUGUGAGCGGUGCUGUGCCGGUGCCUGUUUUUUUUUAUUGCCUGUUGUUACAGUUAAAAAAAUUUCCAUCUCAAUUUCAGACAGUAUUGACGCAGCAUCAGCAGCUUCAUGACUGGGACAAUGUGCCGGGGUUUGGUCAGUUCCUGAUGGCCCGUGUCGUACAAUAGCAGGCAGGUAUACACCGCCGACAAGAGUUUCACCGUCACUGAGUCUGUGUGUGACCUGGGAGAUGGAGAGGCAGAGCACAGGGGAGAAGCAGGCAGGGAAGAACAGAACUGUGGCCUCCAUCGCUCCUGCCACAUCAGCUGCCGUCACCAUGGCAACAGUCAGCUCCAGUAGCACCACGUGCACCCAGGCGCCCUCAGCCUCCCUCAGUGUCCUGCCGUCCGAGAGGCAGGCUGUGCAGGUGAUCCAGCACGCCAUCCACAGACCUCAGAGCAUGGCAGCUCAGUACCUGCAUCAGAUGUACGCAGCCCAGCAGCAGCACCUGAUGCUGCAGACAGCAGCUCUGCACCAGCAGCAGCAGCAGCAGCAACAUAAUCCCCAGCUGCAGAGUCUGGCCACCAUCCAGCAGGGUUCAGUCUGUCAGAGGCAGCCUCCGACAUCAUCCACUGGCAGUUUGGUUCAAGCCGCUGGUGUUUCUUCAAACUCAAUCACUUUGCCAACAUCUCCAGUGUCGGCACAGCUGAUCGGCCGCACCCACACAUCCAACUCCACUGCUGCUGCCACUACAGUCUCCCAGCAGGCCAUGCUCCUGGGAAACCGACCAGCCAACUGUAAUCAAGCUCAGAUGUACCUCCGAACUCAGAUGCUUAUUCUGACUCCUGCAGCUUCACUGGCUGCAGUUCAGUCAGACCCCCCCGCUCUCACCUCCUGCUCCUCUUUGCCAACCUCCUCUCAGGUGCAGAAUCUGGCUCUGCGCGCUCACUUGCCUGCAGCACUGGCUACAGCUCACAGUGUCAUCUUAAAACCAUCCGCUCAGUCCCAAGCGCUGUCUCCAGCUGCCUCUUUGUCCAAAACAUCACUUUGUGCUUUGAAGGCCAACCAGCUGACCGACGCCUCGAGUGAAGCAGGUCAGCCUGGACCUCAGACUGUAACCACAGCCUAUUCUCCAGUGCAGUGCACCCAUGCUUUGGUCAAGCAACAGCUGACCUGUCCAUCAGGCCAGCAGGUGGCGCACCACCAGCUCAUCCUCCAGCAAGCCACAGCAGGUGCCUUCAACCAUAGACAGCUGCAACCCAUCGCCCUCAGAGUAGCUCCACAGGAAACAAACUCCCACCCUCUUCCUCUUUCACUGAAGAGACUGACCACACCCAGCACCCAGUCACAAAACACCAGUGACCCCCAAGCACCCUCUGCCUCUUCUUCUUCUUCGUCUGUCACCAGUGUGUUUGCAUCAUCAGCUCAGCCACAGCCUCCUCCUCUAGUGGCCGCACCACAGCGUCGGACCUCAUUCCCACACAUGCAGAACCAGCCUCCACCUCCACCUCCUCCUCUGGUUCUCCCCAGGUUGCCCCAGAACCCCCCGGCCACCCUCCAGAGACUGUCCCUGCACUCGGUCCAGGCUCUGGCCGUGCAGUCGGGGCGGCUGAUGCUGACAGAGCAGGAGCUGCCCGUGGCGGAGACGCUGGUCCGGAUGCCGUACCAGAACCUGCCUCCUCCUCAGACGGUGGCCGUGGACCUGAAGGUGCAUUUGGUCAGACGUGGCGACGCCCCGUCAGUGACUGAAUCUCCGUCAGGACCAACGUGUAAAGAGAAUAGACUGAGCUCGGAGGAGAUGAAGGAAGAACGUUCUCCAGGUCAACAGACGGACAGGAAACCAACACCUCUCACUGUGUCUCCUCAGCAAAAUGGAGCAGCAGGGAUGCGUUCACCUUCCGCCCUGACUCGUGAUUCAGUGACUAGGGCACCACAGGCGGAGGAGCCGUCUCCGCUCACCACCAUGACCAGCAGCAACAACCCUCCACCUCCCUCGUCUCCACUUCCCCCUCCCAUCCUUCCCACUGCAGUAAGAAGCCCCAGUCAGCCUUCCUCUGCCCCCACCAGCCUGCCGGGAAGCCCCGACAGGAUCCUCACCAGCCACGUCCUCACCCACCUCAUAGAGGGCUUCGUCAUCAGGGAGGGCGUGGAGCCGUUCCCGGUGGGUUCAUUCUCGCUCUCAGGAGAUCAGCAGGCUUCACUUCCAGAGUCACAGGAGAUCCACACCAACGGGAACGCAGCAGCAGCAGAGGACAGUCUUCUGGAUGCUGACCAGUCAGAUUCAACAGACUUAGAGAUGGAGAACGAUGGUCCUGCAGCAGAUGUUGCAGAGCUCAGGGAGAGCGUGGCAGCAGUGCUGCUGCAGUGUGAAUACUGUGGGAGCAGAGGUUACGCUCAGACGUUCCUGCGUUCCAAGCGCUUCUGCUCCAUGACGUGUGUAAGAAGGUUCAGUGUGAGCUGCACCAAGCGCAUCACCAUGCUGAAAACAUGCCGCUGGGAUCACAGGCCGAUGGGCAGGAGAGGACGACCCCCGAGCAGAAUCAACAGAGCCUCCAGAGAGCAUUUCCUCAGACAGGCUCAGACUCGGCAGCAGUGUUCUCCGAGGGAAGAAGAGGAGGAGGAGGAGGAGGAGCUGCAAGAAGCACAGGAGGAGGAUGAGGAGGAAGAGGAAGGAGAUGAGCCUCUUGUUCCCAUGAAGACGAGGCUACAGAAGCAGGCUGAGAGGAAGCGAGAGAGCGAGAGCGAGCAGAGGAUCCCGGAGACGAUCAGUGUUGUUUCUGACAGAGACGACGACGCCAGCUGUCCGUCCCAGUGGAAUGUGGAGCAAGUGUUUUCUUACGUCAACUCCUUACCAGGCGGUUCAAGUGUAGCCAAGGAGUUUCGUUCGCAGGAAAUCGACGGCCAGGCUCUGCUGCUGCUCACAGAGGAUCACCUGGUCAGCACCAUGAACUUAAAACUGGGACCUGCUCUGAAACUCUGUGCCCACAUCAACUCCCUGAAAGACACAUAAGCUUUGAAAACAUUCCUACUCACACACCGACAGCGAGUUCAUGUCGCUCUGGACCAGGACGAAGACGAAACCGAAGCGGGGGACGGACGCGUCUCCUCGAACCUGAAGCACCACUCUUCGUCUGACUCAAGGAGCCGCACGGGCCGCAGUUUUCCCCGAGAUCACUGCCAAGGACUUCACUCGUGACGCCGCCAUCUGUUCCCAGCUGUUUCGUCUGUCGCAGCAGACGCGUCUAUCUCACAGCUGAUUAACACAAAGACGAGCUGCUCUUCCUCUCUAUUACCUCUGAUUAUUCCCAUUACUGUGAUUGUCGCAGCUCUCCAUUUGUUUCAAAAUGGUUGGAAAUGUUAUUUGUAUCAUUUGUAAACAGAGAGAAAACAACUUUAAAUUUGCAUUAUUAUUAUUACACAAAGGAGGCUGUGUCAGGGUUUACACGACUGUCCAUUGAUUAUCAGCAAACUGUUGUAUAACAAUUAUCAAAACUACUGAUAACAAUUUUAUUUAUCAUUAUUGUUAUUAUUAUUAUUAUUAUUAUUGUUGUUGUAUUAUUACCACAAUUAAAUUAAAAUAAAUAA